CAAGAAACGCAGAGAGUUGACAAGGCCAACUUCUCCACACCAGGAAGGAUAAUCAUUCCCGAUUUCAGUCAGGACAGCUCAACCUUACAAACACAACAAACAUCUCCGCCUCCAAAACUGGACAAACGCAAAGCCGAAGAGUGGAUAACGCACCCAAUAAAACACGAAGAGCUAAGAUCAGAGCCGCCUCCACCAACCAACAAGCUGACGGCACAUAAAGUGCAAUUUCUGCAAACACAAGAAACACAGCCAGCCACAAAAGUCGACGGCCCCUCACCAGGCAGACUGGUCAUUCCCGAUUUCGACAAGCAAAGCUCUACCUUCAAGGUGGACGAAAAGCCGCCGCCUCCCAAAACAGAGAAACUUCAUGCCGAACAGUGGAUAACAACUACCAUUAGGCAAGAAGACCUGCGUUCAGAAAUGCCUGCACCCGCAAAUAAGCUGACAGCAGAUAAACUACAUUUUCUUCAAAAACAAGAUACGCAACCAGCUGCAAAGGCUGAUGGAGUGUCGCCAGGCAGACUUGUUAUUCCCGACUUCGAGCAGCACAGCUCUACCGUCGAGGUUCAAGAGACAGUGCCUUCUCCCAAAGUGGACAAGCGAAAUGCAGAACGGUGGAUAACGCACACUUUUAAACAAGAAGAGCUCCGUUCAGAACUGCCGCCUCCAGUCAACAAGCUGCCAACAGACAAAGUGCAAUUCCUUCAAGACCAAGAAACGCAGAGAGUUGACAAGGCCAACUUCUCCACACCAGGAAGGAUAAUCAUUCCCGAUUUCAGUCAGGACAGCUCAACCUUACAAACACAACAAACAUCUCCGCCUCCAAAACUGGACAAACGCAAAGCCGAAGAGUGGAUAACGCACACAAUAAAACACGAAGAGCUAAGAUCAGAGCCGCCUCCACCAACCAACAAGCUGUCGGCACAUAAAGUGCAAUUUCUGCAAACACAAGAAACACAGCCAGCCACAAAAGUCGACGGCCCCUCACCAGGCAGACUGGUCAUUCCCGAUUUCGAGAAGCAAACCUCUACCUUCAAGGUGGACGAAAAGCCGCCGCCUCCCAAAACAGAGAAACUUCAUGCCGAACAGUGGAUAACAACUACCAUUAGGCAAGAAGACCUGCGUUCAGAAAUGCCUGCACCCGCAAAUAAGCUGACAGCAGAUAAACUACAUUUUCUUCAAAAACAAGAUACGCAACCAGCUGCAAAGGCUGAUGGAGUGUCGCCAGGCAGACUUGUUAUUCCCGACUUCGAGCAGCACAGCUCUACCGUCGAGGUUCAAGAGACAGUGCCUUCUCCCAAAGUGGACAAGCGAAAUGCAGAACGGUGGAUAACGCACACUUUUAAACAAGAAGAGCUCCGUUCAGAACUGCCGCCUCCAGUCAACAAGCUGCCAACAGACAAAGUGCAAUUCCUUCAAGACCAAGAAACGCAGAGAGUUGACAAGGCCAACUUCUCCACACCAGGAAGGAUAAUCAUUCCCGAUUUCAGUCAGGACAGCUCAACCUUACAAACACAACAAACAUCUCCGCCUCCAAAACUGGACAAACGCAAAGCCGAAGAGUGGAUAACGCACCCAAUAAAACACGAAGAGCUAAGAUCAGAGCCGCCUCCACCAACCAACAAGCUGACGGCACAUAAAGUGCAAUUUCUGCAAACACAAGAAACACAGCCAGCCACAAAAGUCGACGGCCCCUCACCAGGCAGACUGGUCAUUCCCGAUUUCGACAAGCAAAGCUCUACCUUCAAGGUGGACGAAAAGCCGCCGCCUCCAAAAAACAGAGAAACUUCAUGCCGAACAGUGGAUAACAACUACCAUUAGGCAAGAAGACCUGCGUUCAGAAAUGCCUGCACCCGCAAAUAAGCUGACAGCAGAUAAACUACAUUUUCUUCAAAAACAAGAUACGCAACCAGCUGCAAAGGCUGAUGGAGUGUCGCCAGGCAGACUUGUUAUUCCCGACUUCGAGCAGCACAGCUCUACCGUCGAGGUUCAAGAGACAGUGCCUUCUCCCAAAGUGGACAAGCGAAAUGCAGAACGGUGGAUAACGCACACUUUUAAACAAGAAGAGCUCCGUUCAGAACUGCCGCCUCCAGUCAACAAGCUGCCAACAGACAAAGUGCAAUUCCUUCAAGACCAAGAAACGCAGAGAGUUGACAAGGCCAACUUCUCCACACCAGGAAGGAUAAUCAUUCCCGAUUUCAGUCAGGACAGCUCAACCUUACAAACACAACAAACAUCUCCGCCUCCAAAACUGGACAAACGCAAAGCCGAAGAGUGGAUAACGCACACAAUAAAACACGAAGAGCUAAGAUCAGAGCCGCCUCCACCAACCAACAAGCUGUCGGCACAUAAAGUGCAAUUUCUGCAAACACAAGAAACACAGCCAGCCACAAAAGUCGACGGCCCCUCACCAGGCAGACUGGUCAUUCCCGAUUUCGAGAAGCAAACCUCUACCUUCAAGGUGGACGAAAAGCCGCCGCCUCCCAAAAAACAGAGAAACUUCAUGCCGAACAGUGGAUAACAACUACCAUUAGGCAAGAAGACCUGCGUUCAGAAAUGCCUGCACCCGCAAAUAAGCUGACAGCAGAUAAACUACAUUUUCUUCAAAAACAAGAUACGCAACCAGCUGCAAAGGCUGAUGGAGUGUCGCCAGGCAGACUUGUUAUUCCCGACUUCGAGCAGCACAGCUCUACCGUCGAGGUUCAAGAGACAGUGCCUUCUCCCAAAGUGGACAAGCGAAAUGCAGAACGGUGGAUAACGCACACUUUUAAACAAGAAGAGCUCCGUUCAGAACUGCCGCCUCCAGUCAACAAGCUGCCAACAGACAAAGUGCAAUUCCUUCAAGACCAAGAAACGCAGAGAGUUGACAAGGCCAACUUCUCCACACCAGGAAGGAUAAUCAUUCCCGCUUUCAGUCAGGACAGCUCAACCUUACAAACACAACAAACAUCUCCGCCUCCAAAACUGGACAAACGCAAAGCCGAAGAGUGGAUAACGCACACAAUAAAACACGAAGAGCUAAGAUCAGAGCCGCCUCCACCAACCAACAAGCUGUUGGCACAUAAAGUGCAAUUUCUGCAAACACAAGAAACACAGCCAGCCACAAAAGUCGACGGCCCCUCACCAGGCAGACUGGUCAUUCCCGAUUUCGACAAGCAAACCUCUACCUUCAAGGUGGACGAAAAGCCGCCGCCUCCCAAAACAGAGAAACUUCAUGCCGAACAGUGGAUAACAACUACCAUUAGGCAAGAAGACCUGCGUUCAGAAAUGCCUGCACCCGCAAAUAAGCUGACAGCAGAUAAACUACAUUUUCUUCAAAAACAAGAUACGCAACCAGCUGCAAAGGCUGAUGGAGUGUCGCCAGGCAGACUUGUUAUUCCCGACUUCGAGCAGCACAGCUCUACCGUCGAGGUUCAAGAGACAGUGCCUUCUCCCAAAGUGGACAAGCGAAAUGCAGAACGGUGGAUAACGCACACUUUUAAACAAGAAGAGCUCCGUUCAGAACUGCCGCCUCCAGUCAACAAGCUGCCAACAGACAAAGUGCAAUUCCUUCAAGACCAAGAAACGCAGAGAGUUGACAAGGCCAACUUCUCCACACCAGGAAGGAUAAUCAUUCCCGAUUUCAGUCAGGACAGCUCAACCUUACAAACACAACAAACAUCUCCGCCUCCAAAACUGGACAAACGCAAAGCCGAAGAGUGGAUAACGCACACAAUAAAACACGAAGAGCUAAGAUCAGAGCCGCCUCCACCAACCAACAAGCUGUCGGCACAUAAAGUGCAAUUUCUGCAAACACAAGAAACACAGCCAGCCACAAAAGUCGACGGCCCCUCACCAGGCAGACUGGUCAUUCCCGAUUUCGAGAAGCAAACCUCUACCUUCAAGGUGGACGAAAAGCCGCCGCCUCCCAAAACAGAGAAACUUCAUGCCGAACAGUGGAUAACAACUACCAUUAGGCAAGAAGACCUGCGUUCAGAAAUGCCUGCACCCGCAAAUAAGCUGACAGCAGAUAAACUACAUUUUCUUCAAAAACAAGAUACGCAACCAGCUGCAAAGGCUGAUGGAGUGUCGCCAGGCAGACUUGUUAUUCCCGACUUCGAGCAGCACAGCUCUACCGUCGAGGUUCAAGAGACAGUGCCUUCUCCCAAAGUGGACAAGCGAAAUGCAGAACGGUGGAUAACGCACACUUUUAAACAAGAAGAGCUCCGUUCAGAACUGCCGCCUCCAGUCAACAAGCUGCCAACAGACAAAGUGCAAUUCCUUCAAGACCAAGAAACGCAGAGAGUUGACAAGGCCAACUUCUCCACACCAGGAAGGAUAAUCAUUCCCGAUUUCAGUCAGGACAGCUCAACCUUACAAACACAACAAACAUCUCCGCCUCCAAAACUGGACAAACGCAAAGCCGAAGAGUGGAUAACGCACACAAUAAAACACGAAGAGCUAAGAUCAGAGCCGCCUCCACCAACCAACAAGCUGUCGGCACAUAAAGUGCAAUUUCUGCAAACACAAGAAACACAGCCAGCCACAAAAGUCGACGGCCCCUCACCAGGCAGACUGGUCAUUCCCGAUUUCGAGAAGCAAACCUCUACCUUCAAGGUGGACGAAAAGCCGCCGCCUCCCAAAACAGAGAAACUUCAUGCCGAACAGUGGAUAACAACUACCAUUAGGCAAGAAGACCUGCGUUCAGAAAUGCCUGCACCCGCAAAUAAGCUGACAGCAGAUAAACUACAUUUUCUUCAAAAACAAGAUACGCAACCAGCUGCAAAGGCUGAUGGAGUGUCGCCAGGCAGACUUGUUAUUCCCGACUUCGAGCAGCACAGCUCUACCGUCGAGGUUCAAGAGACAGUGCCUUCUCCCAAAGUGGACAAGCGAAAUGCAGAACGGUGGAUAACGCACACUUUUAAACAAGAAGAGCUCCGUUCAGAACUGCCGCCUCCAGUCAACAAGCUGCCAACAGACAAAGUGCAAUUCCUUCAAGACCAAGAAACGCAGAGAGUUGACAAGGCCAACUUCUCCACACCAGGAAGGAUAAUCAUUCCCGAUUUCAGUCAGGACAGCUCAACCUUACAAACACAACAAACAUCUCCGCCUCCAAAACUGGACAAACGCAAAGCCGAAGAGUGGAUAACGCACACAAUAAAACACGAAGAGCUAAGAUCAGAGCCGCCUCCACCAACCAACAAGCUGUCGGCACAUAAAGUGCAAUUUCUGCAAACACAAGAAACACAGCCAGCCACAAAAGUCGACGGCCCCUCACCAGGCAGACUGGUCAUUCCCGAUUUCGAGAAGCAAACCUCUACCUUCAAGGUGGACGAAAAGCCGCCGCCUCCCAAAACAGAGAAACUUCAUGCCGAACAGUGGAUAACAACUACCAUUAGGCAAGAAGACCUGCGUUCAGAAAUGCCUGCACCCGCAAAUAAGCUGACAGCAGAUAAACUACAUUUUCUUCAAAAACAAGAUACGCAACCAGCUGCAAAGGCUGAUGGAGUGUCGCCAGGCAGACUUGUUAUUCCCGACUUCGAGCAGCACAGCUCUACCGUCGAGGUUCAAGAGACAGUGCCUUCUCCCAAAGUGGACAAGCGAAAUGCAGAACGGUGGAUAACGCACACUUUUAAACAAGAAGAGCUCCGUUCAGAACUGCCGCCUCCAGUCAACAAGCUGCCAACAGACAAAGUGCAAUUCCUUCAAGACCAAGAAACGCAGAGAGUUGACAAGGCCAACUUCUCCACACCAGGAAGGAUAAUCAUUCCCGAUUUCAGUCAGGACAGCUCAACCUUACAAACACAACAAACAUCUCCGCCUCCAAAACUGGACAAACGCAAAGCCGAAGAGUGGAUAACGCACACAAUAAAACACGAAGAGCUAAGAUCAGAGCCGCCUCCACCAACCAACAAGCUGACGGCACAUAAAGUGCAAUUUCUGCAAACACAAGAAACACAGCCAGCCACAAAAGUCGACGGCCCCUCACCAGGCAGACUGGUCAUUCCCGAUUUCGAGAAGCAAACCUCUACCUUCAAGGUGGACGAAAAGCCGCCGCCUCCCAAAACAGAGAAACUUCAUGCCGAACAGUGGAUAACAACUACCAUUAGGCAAGAAGACCUGCGUUCAGAAAUGCCUGCACCCGCAAAUAAGCUGACAGCAGAUAAACUACAUUUUCUUCAAAAACAAGAUACGCAACCAGCUGCAAAGGCUGAUGGAGUGUCGCCAGGCAGACUUGUUAUUCCCGACUUUGAGCAGCACAGCUCUACCGUCGAGGUUCAAGAGACAGUGCCUUCUCCCAAAGUGGACAAGCGAAAUGCAGAACGGUGGAUAACGCACACUUUUAAACAAGAAGAGCUCCGUUCAGAACUGCCGCCUCCAGUCAACAAGCUGCUAACAGACAAAGUGCAAUUCCUUCAAGACCAAGAAACGCAGAGAGUUGACAAGGCCAACUUCUCCACACCAGGAAGGAUAAUCAUUCCCGAUUUCAGUCAGGACAGCUCAACCUUACAAACACAACAAACAUCUCCGCCUCCAAAACUGGACAAACGCAAAGCCGAAGAGUGGAUAACGCACACAAUAAAACACGAAGAGCUAAGAUCAGAGCCGCCUCCACCAACCAACAAGCUGUCGGCACAUAAAGUGCAAUUUCUGCAAACACAAGAAACACAGCCAGCCACAAAAGUCGACGGCCCCUCACCAGGCAGACUGGUCAUUCCCGAUUUCGACAAGCAAAGCUCUACCUUCAAGGUGGACGAAAAGCCGCCGCCUCCCAAAAACAGAGAAACUUCAUGCCGAACAGUGGAUAACAACUACCAUUAGGCAAGAAGACCUGCGUUCAGAAAUGCCUGCACCCGCAAAUAAGCUGACAGCAGAUAAACUACAUUUUCUUCAAAAACAAGAUACGCAACCAGCUGCAAAGGCUGAUGGAGUGUCGCCAGGCAGACUUGUUAUUCCCGACUUCGAGCAGCACAGCUCUACCGUCGAGGUUCAAGAGACAGUGCCUUCUCCCAAAGUAGACAAGCGAAAUGCAGAACUGUGGAUAACGCACACUUUUAAACAAGAAGAGCUCCGUUCAGAACUGCCGCCUCCAGUCAACAAGCUGCCAACAGACAAAGUGCAAUUCCUUCAAGACCAAGAAACGCAGAGAGUUGGCAAGGCCAACUUCUCCACACCAGGAAGGAUAAUCAUUCCCGAUUUCAGUCAGGACAGCUCAACCUUACAAACACAACAAACAUCUCCGCCUCCAAAACUGGACAAACGCAAAGCCGAAGAGUGGAUAACGCACACAAUAAAACACGAAGAGCUAAGAUCAGAGCCGCCUCCACCAACCAACAAGCUGUCGGUACAUAAAGUGCAAUUUCUGCAAACACAAGAAACACAGCCAGCCACAAAAGUCGACGGCCCCUCACCAGGCAGACUGGUCAUUCCCGAUUUCGAGAAGCAAACCUCUACCUUCAAGGUGGACGAAAAGCCGCCGCCUCCCAAAACAGAGAAACUUCAUGCCGAACAGUGGAUAACAACUACCAUUAGGCAAGAAGACCUGCGUUCAGAAAUGCCUGCACCCGCAAAUAAGCUGACAGCAGAUAAACUACAUUUUCUUCAAAAACAAGAUACGCAACCAGCUGCAAAGGCUGAUGGAGUGUCGCCAGGCAGACUUGUUAUUCCCGACUUCGAGCAGCACAGCUCUAUCGUCGAGGUUCAAGAGACAGUGCCUUCUCCCAAAGUGGACAAGCGAAAUGCAGAACGGUGGAUAACGCACACUUUUAAACAAGAAGAGCUCCGUUCAGAACUGCCGCCUCCAGUCAACAAGCUGCCAACAGACAAAGUGCAAUUCCUUCAAGACCAAGAAACGCAGAGAGUUGACAAGGCCAACUUCUCCACACCAGGAAGGAUAAUCAUUCCCGAUUUCAGUCAGGACAGCUCAACCUUACAAACACAACAAACAUCUCCGCCUCCAAAACUGGACAAACGCAAAGCCGAAGAGUGGAUAACGCACACAAUAAAACACGAAGAGCUAAGAUCAGAGCCGCCUCCACCAACCAACAAGCUGUCGGCACAUAAAGUGCAAUUUCUGCAAACACAAGAAACACAGCCAGCCACAAAAGUCGACGGCCCCUCACCAGGCAGACUGGUCAUUCCCGAUUUCGAGAAGCAAACCUCUACCUUCAAGGUGGACGAAAAGCCGCCGCCUCCCAAAACAGAGAAACUUCAUGCCGAACAGUGGAUAACAACUACCAUUAGGCAAGAAGACCUGCGUUCAGAAAUGCCUGCACCCGCAAAUAAGCUGACAGCAGAUAAACUACAUUUUCUUCAAAAACAAGAUACGCAACCAGCUGCAAAGGCUGAUGGAGUGUCGCCAGGCAGACUUGUUAUUCCCGACUUUGAGCAGCACAGCUCUACCGUCGAGGUUCAAGAGACAGUGCCUUCU